AACGGCUAUGCUAAGCCUGUAACAUACUGAACCGAAUCAACCACUAGCACUGAAUCUUUGGCGACUUGUCCAUGCCAAUAACAAUGACAAACUCUGAAGAACCCUCCCUUCCCAACCCUAACAAUAACACUCAAGACUCCACCAACAGCGAUGCGGAACCUCACCACCACCACGAUAUUGAAGAUGAUGAAGAAGAAGAAGAUGACGAAUACGACGAGGAGGACGACGUCGUUCAGCAACCGAAUCGCACAAUUCCCCAAUCCGCAGCGUCCAAGCUGCGCGAGCAGCGUUUCAAGGUGGAAACCCUAUCGCGGCGGUUGUCGUCGGAGCUUGUUCCGAUCCGAGUGCAUGACGUGGUCAUAAACGGCAACACUAAGACCAAGGAUUGGGUUAUUGUGGCGGAGCUCGGAGGCAUAGAGAACGCCACCAGCAUGCAGGAGCUCGUGCAAGUUUCACAAAUCGCCAUUUCCAGGCUACAGGACCUCGAAAUCUUCGAUUCCUGCACGGUUCGCCUUGAGGCUGGGCCCCGAGAACUUCCAAACACUGCCAAUGUCAUCGUCGACGUUGUCGAAACCGGUAACAAAGUUUCAGCCAAAUUCAGCGUUUAUAACAAACCCUCGACUAGUUCUUGGACAGCUGAAGGUGCUCUUACGUAUAAGAACUUCUUGGGCUAUGGUGAUCUAUGGGAUGCUUCUUUGGCCUAUGGUGCCAACCAAGCGACUGAGGUGAGCAUCGGGGUGCAUGCCCCUCGAGUUAGAAGGUUUUUAACUCCUUUUGUGGCACGGCUAUCCAUGCUUUCCCAAGAUUGGCAAGAGACUUCCUCGUACAAAGAUCAGUUAGUGGGUGCGUCUCUUGGGUUGAUCUCGACCAAGCACCAUGACCUAGCAUACACUCUUGGAUGGCGUACCUUGGCAGAUCCAUCACAGAUGUCAUCCAGGUCUAUAAGAAGGCAGCUUGGUCAUGGUUUAGUGUCUUCUUUGAAGUAUACAUUUAAAGUUGAUAGGAGAAAUUCUCCUAUCAGGCCAACAAAAGGAUAUGCUUUUCUUUCCUCCACACAUGUUGGUGGCCUCACUCCAGAUCCACGGAGCUUGCGGUUUCUGCGCCAGGAGUUUGAUGUUCGCUUUGCUGUCCCUUUUGGGUUUUACAAUACAGCAUUGAACCUUGGGAUAUCUGCUGGUGCUGUUUUUCCAUGGGGACAUGGAUUCAAAUCCAAGCCAUCUCCCCUUCCAGAAAGGUUUUAUUUGGGUGGUGAUUUUUCUCCAGUUUGCACCCUAGGAGGGCCAACAACCUUAUGGGGAUUUAAAACUAGAGGAUUAGGUCCUACUGAACCUCGUAGGCCAAAUAGAGAUGAAUCCGAUGAUGACAAUUCCUCUGGAUGGGACUUCAUUGGUGGAGAUCUUGCUGUUACUGCUUUUGCUGAUCUCUCGUUUGAUCUUCCAAUUAGGUGGUUGAGAGAAUAUGGAAUACAUGGUCAUGUUUUUGCUGGUUCUGGGAAUGCUGCUAAAUUAACUCAAAAUGAAUAUAGGCACUUCUCUCCUCGGAAGUUCUUGGAAUCUUUUCGAGUGUCAGUGGGAUGUGGAUUUGUUAUUCCUACUAGCCUCUUCCGCCUAGAGGGUAACUACGUUCACAUACUCAGAAAGGGUGAGCAAGAUCGUGGGAAGACUGGAUUUAGGUUUAGUUUCUCAGCUCCUUUGUAGCAGCCGUAUUCUCUGCCAUUUUUAAUUCUAUUUUGAUGUAGUUCUCCAAUCAUUAAAUAAUUUUUUGCCAUCUAACUCAGCAUGGAAUAAGAGGGCAUCCAGUCAUAGCAUAUUUUCUUCCCGAAAAUAACGCACUCUAUACUGCAAUUUUAGAUGCAUUGCCACUGAGAGUUCGUAACCUUUUCCGGCUUGCUUGUAUUGUAAAGUGUAUACCACUCUUUUAUUGGUUCAGAUUUCAUCCGUGUGGAGAUUUUUUAGUCA